AUGGGACACCCAUUUCUACCUACGGGACAAGAUGCGAGCGUUGACACCCAUGACGUCGGCCCACUUCUCGGUCGUCUCCUGCAAACGACAGGCUAUCCCAUUCCUGAGCAAUACCAGUAUCUGCCCUUUGCCCGGCACCACAUUAUCUCCUCUUUGGGACCGUAUCCGCAGCGCCGGCCGAUCAUGAUGACCUACACUGACCUACCAAUUGUUAUGAGCAUCAACUUUCAGGAUAACCGGGGGUCAACCGUUCGUGUGGGUAUUGAGCCAAUCUGCGAACUAGGGGGGACGUCGGUAGACCAAUUUAAUCAGGUUGUGACGGUCGCCAGGAUAUCAGCAUUGGGACCUGAAUGUGGGUGCUCGAUCGGAAGUUGUACCAUUAUUUUGUGGGAGAUUUUGGGAUCCGAGGCGGAGACAACCAAGCUGAAUAACUUGGGCCCAAUCCCGUGCAGUCGAUCUGCUGAUUCGCUGGGACGGCUGGAUGGGAUGGUCCGGCAAGUGGUUGAGCAUAUAGGAGGUGGGGGGUUCAAUGAAUUAUGUCGAGCCGCCAAAUCUCAGGCCAAGAUUCAUGGGAUGCACGGGGGAUUGAGGCUUGAAGAAGCCGAAAGUGCGUGGACGCUGGGCGGAAAGUUAAAGGAUCCAGCUACCAUGUACCUGUGGGGCUUGGAGUUGGUCCGUCGGCUCUGGGGACUGGCAUACUAUGAGAUCCGGCGUGGAUGCGACAUGCCCGUUCCGAAGCUUUAUUUUCCGCUGUUUGGAAGGAACAACAUGUUCGUGGCCAAGACUUUGGCGCAAUUCUUCCAAUCGCUAGGCUGGACGGAACAGGCUCGGACAUAUGUGGAUAGCGUGCAGUAUCUGUUGUGA